GAAGUGCCUCCAGCUGUGCAAGCAAAGUUCAACAGCUAUUAAUAUUUCUUAAGGUGUAAAUACUUAUUCUAUUUAAGCAACAGCGAUGUAUUUAAAAAAAAAGGAACCUAACAGAACAAACAAAUUAUACAAGAAGGGAGAAAGCAUCUGAACUGAGAGAAACAUGAAGGCGUCCGCAUAGGGCAUGCAGUACUCAAUAUUAUGCUACACAUGUCGUCCCUUCCUGUGCCCCUCGAGAUAUUCACCGGUUUGUACUUACUAAUUGAAGCGUGGGACAAAAACAAAGAUAAGAAAACAAAGUCACAAUCAUGAUGUCCACAAGGAGUCCCAGAGAAUCACAGAGGAGUAUCAAUAUCCAUGCCAAUAAAACUGAUGAACUGGAAUACGGUAGGUCAAACUCACAGCACGAACAACUAAAAAGCAACCAUGGCUGAUGGUCAACCAUCAAAGAUAGUCAAGAUACCUCCUAUUGUGCAAGAGCUGGUGGCUGGCGUGCAAGAGCCACCAAGGCGGUACGUCCUUCCCGAGCAAGAUCGUCCUUCUGUAGCUGGUUCCGAUAUGCCUGAGCCCAUCCCCAUCGUCGAUCUCAGCCGCCUGUCUGACUCUGACAACAGUGUCGAGGAGACUGCCAAGUUGCAGUCCGCGUUGGAGAACUGGGGCCUCUUCCUGGCUGUUGGACAUGGCAUGGAACCAAGUUUUCUUAGUGAGGUGAUGAAAGUGACCAGAGAAUUUUACAAGCUCCCACUGGAAGAGAAGCAGAAGUACUCAAACUUUGUAGAUGGCAAGGAGUUCAGGGUGGAAGGAUAUGGCAACGACAUGGUCAUAUCAGAAAAGCAGACCUUGGACUGGUGUGACCGUUUUUACCUCGUAGUGGAACCUGAGUCUCGGAGAAUCUAUACCCUGUGGCCGACACAGCCUCCUUCUUUCAGGGAUGUUAUGUGCGAGUACACAGCCAGGUGCAGGGAGAUCACGAACCUUGUCCUCGAGAACCUGGCCAAGAUCCUCAAUUUACACGAGGACUACUUUCUCAACAUGCUCGACGAGAAUGCAACAACCUAUGCCAGGUUUAACUACUAUCCUCACUGUCCCAAACCGGACCAAGUCUUUGGCCUGAAGCCCCAUUCCGAUGCCACGGUGAUCACAAUUGUCUUCAUCGAUGAUACUGUUAGUGGGCUCCAACUGCAAAAAGAGGGCGUUUGGUAUAAUGUGCCAAUCAUUCCAAAUGCAUUACUUGUAAACAUGGGAGAUGCGAUGGAGAUACAGAGCAACGGGUUCUUCAAGAGUCCAGUUCACAGGGUUGUGACCAAUGCGGAGAAAGAGCGGCUGUCGGUGGUGAUGUUCUAUUCUAUGGACCCGGAGAGGGAGAUCGAGCCAGCAUCAGAGCUGAUGGAUGAGAAGAAUCCGAGGCGGUAUAGGACGAUCAAGACCAAGGACUACCUAACAGAAAUCUCCAAAACUUUUGCCAGAGGGACACUAGCCAUCGAUACAGUGAAGAUCAGAAUGUGAUUCUGAAGCCCAAAUGAUGGAUUAGCUGUUCGGUGAAGUUUGUUAUGGCGAUGUCUCCUUUCUUGUGGAACUGAUUUAUGCUCAAUUUUUUUGGCUUAAACUGUGGUACGAUUUACCCACAUAUAUGACAUCUUUGUACUGUCCUAA